AUGAGAUUGCUCGAAUAUGGAAGGGCUACGCUCCAGGACCUUCUUUCGCAACUUGUAAGACAUCUUCUUCGAAGUGGUGCACAUGCCCUCAAAGGUCAUUUUAAGGACGCCGGCACCGCUGCGGAAGACACACCAUCUUCGCGUCCUGUGCGUGGAACUGCACCUCAAGUCGUUCCUACUCCAUCUUUCUCAAUACAGAUCUCCCUACCGGCCCUCCGAAUGCUCCACCAGCGUCAGGUGAUAAUGGUCCCGCACCUACUGCUCAACAUGCGACACUUACGCCGGCCCCCUCCUCAGAAAGUCACUUUUUGGACUUUCUUUAGGCAACAGGUCCGUACUGAUCCUCAAGCAAGACUGUUUACUUCACCAAAUGACUCUGCCUACAUUCACGCUCUCAAUAUCUCUAUCGAUGCUUCACCAGGAUACACUGUACUUGCUGACAAACAACCUCCAAUAAUGUACGUUCAACCUUCACCUUCAGAUUUCGAAGGUCGUUUUGACUGUAUGUCGGGAGGUCCCCUUGCGGGUCUCGACAGGAGCAAUGUCUUCGUUGCUGGAGGCCUUGUACCCGGCGCACUUCUGACACCGGUCACUCCUCCGACCGCUAUAAUGGACAUCAUCCGACAUCAAUCUCUACAUCUACGGUUUGGACUUCGAGUCCGCCAACGAGAAGAUCAAACAUAUCGCGGACGUCUACCAAAGCAAUUCAGGUUCAGCCGAUGCACCGUUUUUGUUUUCAAGACUCCGAGGGAGGCGUGGCUCAAUUUUUAUUUUGAUAGUUGUGCUGCUCGUUGGGACGGUAAAGAAGUUUCGUACGGGCGUUGGCGUUGGAGACUGGAACGAAUGUAUUCACUAUGGGUCUUGCGAAUGGACACUACUUCGGCGAUAGGGAAGCAACAUGCGACAAACGGUACAUGGUUUUUAUUCCUGUCGUUUUUCCUACUGACUCAGUCGCUUCCUGCAGUGUCUUCACGUAUUCCUCCUCCCGUUUAG